AUGGCUGAUCAUAGUAGGACAAUGAAGGAGCUUGCAGCUCCUGAUGAGGCAUUCAAGUAUUCAUGCAUCACUUAUCCAACCUUGGCAGGAGAUUUUGAGUUGAGAUCAGGAUUGAUUCAUUUGCUUCUAAAAUAUCAAGGAUUGUCUGGAGAAGACCCAAAUAGACAUUUGCAUGAAUUCCAUGUGGUAUGUUCAACCAUGAAGCCACAAGGAAUUUCAGAAGAGGAUAUCAAGCUAAGGGCUUUUCCAUUUUCACUUACUGGAGCAGCAAAAGAUUGGUUGUAUUAUUUACCACCGGGAUUUAUCACUUCUUGGAUUGAUAUGAAGAAGGCUUUCUUGGAGAAAUUCUUUCCAGCCUCAAGGACUGCAACUAUUAGGAAAAGCAUCUGUGGGAUUCAACAAGUGGUGGGAGAGACACUUUAUGAUUAUUGGGAGAGAUUCAAGAAAUUAUGUUCAAGUUGUCCUCAACACCAAAUUAGUGAGCAGUUGCUAGUUCAAUACUUUUAUGAGGGUUUGUUACCUAUGGAUAGAAGUAUGAUAGAUGCAGCGGCUGGAGGAGCUUUAGUGAACAAAACUCCAGAACAAGCAAGGGAACUAAUUUCGAACAUGGCUGAAAAUUCACAGCAAUUUGGAAGUAGAGCACUCACGACUAGAGGAGUUGGUGAAGUUCAAAUGGUUUCAAAUGAUCAAAAGGAGAUAAAGAAUUCAUUGAUGGAAUUAACGACCUUGGUGAAACAACUAGCUUUGAACAACGCUACGCAAUCUUCUAAUGUGCCAACUAUGCAAUUUCCAUGUAAACAAAGUGUAGUUUGUAGCAUUUGUUCAAGUCAAGAUCACCUUUCAGAACUUUGUCCGAAUCUCCAUCAGGAUGAGUCUUUGGCAGCCUUUUCUAGAGCCCAACUCCAACAAAAAUAUGAUCCUCAUUCUUCUACAUACAAUCCGGGUUGGAGAGAUCAUCCAAAUUUGAGGUAUGGUAAUUCGUUUUAUCAACAAUCAUAUUCGAAUCAGCCAAAUCAGCAGCAUAAUCAGAAUUUUCAGCAAGGUUUCCAGCAGCAUCAGCAAAGUUUUCAGCAGCAUUACCACCCUACAAAUCAAUAUCAGCAAUCGUAUCAGCCUUAUCAGCAAUUUCAGAAUCAGAAUCAUCAUUAUCAAUCUCAAAAUCAGAAUUUCCAGCAAGGGCAGAAUUGGCCACAGCAAGUAAUUCCAGCACUUCCAGCACCUGCAAGAUUGAGUUUAACUCAAGGAGGUUCCAAUAAUGCUUCAAAUUCAGAUCCACAGCAAGCUAGAUUGGAGGAAUUGAUGCAACAAAUCCUUCAACAAAAUCAGAACCAGCAAAGAACAGAUUCUGCUCUUCAAAAUUUAGAGAGGCAGAUUGGGCAAUUGGCUUCCAGCAUAAAUCAGAUUCAAGCACAAGGAUCAAGUCAAUUACCUUCCCAAACAACUCCUAAUCCAAAAGGGAAUGUUAGUGCAUUAACUUUGAGAAGUGGAAGAAGAAUUUCAAAGAGUGCAAGUGAUGAAGAUCCAGCAAAUCAGGAAUUCUGUCUAGCAGAUCCGCAACUAAUUUCCAGCAGAAAUGAAAUUCCAGAGGUUAGAAAUGUGCCAACUUCAAGUUCUAUUCCAAUUCACAUUGAUCCAUUAAAUUUGGAGCAUUCACAAGGAGAUGGAAGCUUAAUUUCGAAAAAUUCCAACAGCUUUUGUCCAGCUGAGCGAGUUCCAGCAGGAAACCCAUAUUUCAACAAAUCUGGAAUUUCAGAGUAUCAACAGUCAGCUCAGAAAGAUUCAGAUCCGAGCCUUCCCUUACCCUUUCCUCAACGCAAAGUUCAACCAAGAAGAGAUGCAGAGGAGGAGAAAGCUAAGGAAUUUCAAGAGCUUGUGGAUUUAUUUAGCAAGGUAGAGGUUAAUGUUCCCUUACUCACAAUGAUUAAGCAAAUUCCAAAAUAUGCAAAAUUUUUGAAGGAUCUUUGUGUGCAUAAGAAAAAGUUGAAAGGGAAUGAGUUAAUUAGCAUGGGCAAAAAUGUAUCUGCACUCCUUCAAACAGUCCCUCAGAAAUGUGAAGAUCCUGGAGUGUUUACAGUUCCUUGUGAGAUUGGGAGUAGUCUUUUUAAAGAUGCCAUGUUGGAUUUGGGAGCUUCAAUAAAUGUGAUGCCAAAAUCAGUUUUUCAGACUUUGGGCAUUGGACCAUUACAACCUACAGGAGUAGUCAUUCAAUUAGCUGACCGCAGUCAGACUCACCCAGCCGGAGUUAUUGAAGAUGUAUUGGUUAAGGUGAGAGAACUCAUUUUCCCUGCAGAUUUUUAUAUUCUUGAUAUGGAGGGAGACUAUCUGGCCAGUAGAUCUCCACUCAUUCUAGGACGACCAUUUUUGAAGACUACAAGGACCAAAAUUGAUGUUCAUGCGAGCACACUUUCUAUGGAGAUAGGUGAUACAGUGGUCUGA